GCGGCUCCGGCUCUCCCUCUUGGUUCCUUCACGCAUCAUUUCUCUCUCGCCCCCGGUUCCACACCUACUGUAUCUUUUUAACACAGCCAGCGCGGAUCCCCGAUCCCCUCCCGCUCGCAUUUUUCGACGCGGCAGCGAAUUCGACUAGACUCUCCCGCCGCCCUGCAGCCCAUGGACCUCCCGGUGGUGGAUCUCGCACCUUACCUGCAAAUCGCCGGCGGCACCGGGCCGGCGGAGGCGGAGGAGGGGAUUCGCGCGCUUUGCGCCGCGGUGAGCGCCAGCCUCAGGGAUACGGGGGCGCUGCUGGUCAAGGACCCCCGCUGCUCCGCCGCCGACAACGACCGCUUCCUCGACGUCGUCGAGCGCUACUUCGCUCGAUCCGACGACUCCAAGCGUCUCCAGGAGCGCCCUCAGCUCCACUACCAGGUCGGUGUGACACCUGAAGGCGUGGAGGUACCUCGCAGCCUUGUCGACAAGGAGAUGCAAGACAAGAUUAAGAGUAUGCCGGACGAGUUUCAGCCAGCCACCCCCAAGGGACCGGACCCAAAAUGGCGGUACAUGUGGAGAGUGGGUCCUCGCCCAUCGAACACCCGCUUCAAGGAGCUGAACUCAGAACCUGUUAUCCCUGAUGGAUUACCAGAGUGGAAAGAGACUAUGGAUUCCUGGGGUUCUAAAAUGAUUUCUGCAAUUGAGGUUGUUGCUGAGAUGGCUGCGAUUGGAUUUGGCUUGUCAAAGGAUGCAUUUACCUCUUUGAUGAAGGAGGGACCACAUCUUCUAGCACCAACUGGAAGUGAUCUGCUGCGUCACGGUUCUGAGGGCACUGUUUUUGCUGGGUUUCAUUAUGAUCUUAAUUUCUUGACCAUACAUGGCCGGAGUAGAUUUCCAGGCCUGAACAUUUGGUUAAGAAAUGGUAAGAAGAUGGAGGUGAAGGUCCCGGUUGGCUGUCUUCUCAUUCAGUCAGGGAAACAGUUGGAAUGGCUUACUGGUGGUGAGUGUUUAGCUGGAAUGCACGAGGUAGUGGUGACCAAGAGGACAAUAGAGGCUAUAGCAUUAGCUAAAGAGCAAAAUCGGAGCUUGUGGAGGGUCUCGUCAACGCUAUUCUCACACAUUGCUUCUGAUGCGACGAUCAAGCCAUUGGGCCACUUUGCCGAAGCACCCAAUGCAAAUAGUUAUCCGCCAAUAUGUGCUGGGGAUUAUGUCGAACAGGAGCUCGCGGCGAUUAAUCUGAAGGGGAAGAAUGGACUCUAGGCAUAUGCAGGCUGCCGAAUCUUAUAUGGUCAGAACGCGAAUGCGAUGGACCAAAAGCUGAUACUUGUAUCUUCAUUCCCCUUUGCUCACAUACAUAGGUUGUCUCAGGUUAUUCUCUGCGCGACCCAUCUAUGUCCAGGCUAAGUAUGUUCAUUUUAUCCUCUUGUUAAGGUAUAGUGGAUGCUCUGAUGUAUACCAAACUGAUGUCACUUGUGAAAAUCAAAUAAUAUCGCUACAAUGGAAACCAAA